CUGGCAACACGGCCAAGCGAUGUUUGUGACAUCAGUGUGCGAUGGAUUGUGACUGCUCGGCGCACCCUGCUUUAAUGCAGGUGCGGCAGCCCAGCCGAUCAGUUCGUGCCUGGCCUCCGACCGAGCGUGUGUGCGAGGAUUGGAGUGUGGACAGGGCGAGUUUGGAGCUGGAACGUGCUCUGGGUGCUGCUAGCGCAGCUCUCAGUGGCCGUCUCAGAGCCACUUGUGCUGUACCCUGACCCUGCUGGGAGCAGGCAGACGGGACAUUGUGCAGAGUCGCGUGCAGCAGUGCAGUUUGUAAUACCUUCUGCCUGCUGCAGCACCAGUGAGGGGAGCAGCUUCCCGACCUCAGCUCUCCCCAGCCCACCGCAGAGCCCGGGACCAUGGACGUGCCAUCCAACUGGACCUGCCCCGUCUGCGGGCAAGGUCGGGAGGAUGUCACCUGUGUGACCCCCUGCCAACACCGGCUCUGCUAUGGCUGUGCCAUCUGGUGGGCCAAGCAGCAGCCGAGUUGUGCCGUAUGUGGGCACAAAAUACUUAGCAUCCGCUACUCCAUGAGGGCGGAUGACGAUUAUCUUGAGUGUUCCAUCCCGCAGCCCACGGGACACUCAGAUGAUGGCCUGCAGGACGAGCAGGGGCCUGCAGAGCCGGUGCUCGUUCCACCUGAGCACAACUUCCCAGCCGAGGUCUGGGCUGCGUUUUUCAAACAACAUCCAGAAGACCUCGCACCCCUGCUCCUCUGCCUGCAGGAAGAGAUCCGGGCAAUGUCCGGCGACAACUGGUGGGAGGUGCAAUUGGGACUGUGGGCCACUGUGAACCUCCUUUGUGAGCACGGGCUCGACCAGGCGGCCUUGGUACAGGAGCUGGAGGUGAUCACCAAUGGCAACGUGGUGCCCCUCGUGCAGCGCCUCAUCAGCAUCGCCGCAGCCCUGUAUGGCCCCCUGAUCCGCUGCCAGCUGGACCAGCGGGACGGCCAUGCUGCAGGAGGGCGGGAGGACGGCCCUGCAGCCAGCUCCAGCAUCAGCACCUCCCAUCGGGAUCUUCCUGCCUCUGGCACCGAGGAGCUGCUCGGCAGCUCCACUGGGGGACCUGGGCACCCCAGCACCGCCUCUGCGACCACAGCAGAGGAGCCGCAGGAAGAGCCAGGGCAGGCAGCAGCAGCGGGCCCUUCCAUCCAGAGCAGAGACCGCUCGUGUGGGGGGCCCCGGCGCGCCCCGAAGAGGAAGACCCGCAGCAGCCCCCAGGAUUCGUCCCCACCCCGCAAGAGGCGGCCCCGACGGCGGCGCUAGGCCGUCAUCCCACUGCCAUCAAAGCACGCCCCUGGUGGGCUGGGAGGCCAACACCUGCCUCCCAGCCUGCUGUUUGGAGAGAAAAUAAAAAUACGUUCAGAAAAAAAGAAAAAGUCUCCGUGUUAUUGACAAGGCUGUUGGCGUUGCUGUCCCUACCCAUGCUGCUUUCUCCCUCUUCUGGUCCCGUGGCAGGGUGUAGAAUCACUACUUUAUUUCCACCACCAGAAAUUGGCACUCACGACAGCACUAACAAAACACGUGUGGGCUUCUUCUAGCAAGCACAAUGCAGAUGCCCUAACCUGCUGCUUCAUUGAGGAUUAUUUUUUUUUGUAUUGGCAUUUCUUCAUUAGCACACCAGUUAGGAGCACGAUAUAAUACAAGAGUAGCUAAUGCAGAUGUUGAAAUGAUGUGGAUUUUGUCCGAUCCUAUGCUGUAUGCUCCAUCUGCAUCAUAUAUACAGAAUAAAGAUUGCAUCUGGAUGUCUGCUUUUCUCUCUCUAAUUUCCACAGCUGAAAUUUAUA